GUCGCUACUCGCAGGACUGGCCUUGGCCAUGACCGUGGGCACGAUCACCGAGGCGGUGGGGAUCUGCUGCCAUCCCAACAACAUGCUGACCGACGAGUGCACCAAUAUCGGCCUCAGCAUGGAGAGGAUCAGCAUCGAGAACGGUUACAACCUCAGCACGAAGGCGGGGUUCGAGGCUGCUGGCAAGAAGCUGGACGAGGUGAUGCCGAAGCGGGCUUGGAUAUCGCUACCAUGCACGCUAUGGACUUCGCUCACGAACUUCAACUACCAGACCCCAGAGGCACGUGCACGCCUAGAGAAAGACCGACUUCGAGACCGACGACGUGUGAAGUAUGGAGUUCUCCUGUUGCUAAAGGUUGUUGACAACGGAGGCGAGGUCUACUUCGAGUGGCCCCACAGGUGCCAAGGCUGGAAGAUUCCCGAGCUCAAUUUUCUUCGUAUGGAGUUGAGGCGUCGGGGCCGACACGUCUUCGAGGAUCGGAUCGACGGGUGCAUGUGCGGCCUCAGGGACUACAACGCCAACGAGCUCGUCGAGAAGGGCUGGAGGAUCCUGACCACCGACCCGGAGUUCUCCAAGGUCGCGACCGUGUGUGACCAUUCACACGGUCACCGAGUCAUCAACGGGAAGCAGCACACCGAAGCCACCGCCUACUACCCGCAGGCGAUGUGCAAGGCGAUCGCCCGGCUGUGGCAUGCUCAACUCCGGACACCGAUCGACCUCAACAUGGCCCUGGAGAACCCUGCUGUCCUGGACCUCGAGAAUGCCUACCUGAUGGAGCGGGACACCGGGAGCAUCUACGUCGCUGAGCCCACGGAUCUCGAGAGGGAGCAGGUGCGCGCGAUGUUGAGCAGGAUCCACAAGGCUGCAGGCCACCCAGGGAACGAGCACUUGGCGUACUGGUGCAAGAAGCGGCAGUGUCCACGCUGGAUCAUCGAAGAAGCGAUCAACCUUCGCUGCGAGGCGUGCGACCUGGUCAAGCACGGCCUCUCCCACAAGGUCAAGGCGAGCCUCGAUAUCCCCAUGGCACCUUGGCAGGCAGCCGUCAUGGACGUUUCUGACCUGACGUUCCCGGACUUGAAUGUGAAGGCCCGGUUUCUCCUCAUCGCAGAGGUCGCCACCGGCCUGAUGUGCGGGGACAUCACUGCGAAGAUCGGCCUCAAGGACAAGGGCACCGAUUCGUCAGCUACGCUGUUCACGACGUUUGCCAGAGCCUACCUUCAACAUUAUCCAAAGCCAAGGUGGGUUUUCGUCGAUCCUCAGACCUCUUUUGUGGGCGGCGAGUUUAAAGACAACUGCCAGUUGGCCGGCAUCGGCGUCUCAGCGAAACCAGGAGGAGCACAUUGGAUGGCUGGCGACAUCGAGCGCCGCAUCUCGAUCGUCAAGCAGGUGAUGAGGAAGCUUCGCCUACAAUAUCCCAAGCUGAGUCCCGAGACCGUGUUUUACAUCUCGAUUGCGGCGGCCAACAACAUGGACAACAUCAAGGGCUACACGCCGAUGCAGUGGGCUUUCGGGUUUUCUCCGACCGAGGACCCUAUCUUGGCGCACAACGCAGCUACCGGCAAGUUGAAGUCCGACUUCUUCGAGAUCGAGCGGGUGCGAGCGGAUGCGGGGGCCACCUACCUGAAGGAGAAGGCUUCCAGGAAGAUCUCAGAGCUUAAGAACUCAGCCCCACGACCUCGACAUGAAUAUAAACGAGGCGACUGGGUCUGUGCCUGGCGGUCGUAUGCCGCGACAGGAAAACGAAAGCUCUCAGGGCAGGACUUCUUCACGGACGGCUUGUUCAUCGGACCGGGUCGGGUCUUGUUCUCCGAACCGGCGGUUCAGACCGGCAACAAGGACGGCGUGAUCUGGGUCAUCAUGGGCAACCGAUGCUGGCGCUGCGCAGCUGAGCAGCUGCGGCCAGCCACGCAGUCGGAGAUCGUCCAGAUCAACCUGAAGAAGGACGACAUCCUCAACAGUCCGCUCGAGGACGUCUGGAGGCACCUCCAGGACUUUGACGACAUAGCCGGGGAGCCCUACCCAACGGCAGAUGGCAUGAGGAUGCUGCCGCGGCAACCUCUUGAAGGCAUGCCGAGGGUGAUCGAGAACCCCGACGUGGCCGUGGAACCCCACGACGUCACGGAGGCAGAGGGCGACCAGGAAGUAGACGAGGCGGCGAGCGACCACGCGGAAGCCGGCGAGAUCGACAUUAUCAACUUCGUGCAGGAUCCGAAUAACGAGCCCGAGAUGGACCUGAUGAAGAUCGAGAUCGAGGCCGACCUUGAGGAGUUCUGCUUCGAUGCGAGCGCUUACUUGGAGAAGCAGCUGAACCGCGUGGCCAACAACACGGUCAAGAAGGGCGUGGAGGUUUCGUUUGGCCGCCUGAGCCCCGUAGACAAGCCACUGUUCCAAGAGGCAAUGGCACGGGGGCUGGCGGAACAUCUGGAAGUACCGACAGUCCGGGCUGCAUCUGCUUACGCUGACUACAAUCAUGGAAAAGAUAUUCCAGCGGACAAGCUGAUCAAGAUGAGGUGGCUACUGACCUGGAAGCCUCUGACGCCACCUGAACCGCCGGACAAGUCGGACCCACACCCCGUGAGCACGCCGGACGGGAAGUUCAAGGCGAAGGCCCGUAUCAUUCUGUUGGGCUUUUCACAUCCGGACCUUGUCAGUCGAGACAAGUUCGGAGAUCGGGUGCUUCCUACGGCGUCGCCAACAAUUUCAAGAAAAGGGAAACUGGCACUCCUCCAGAUGGCUGCUUUUCACGGCUGGACCUUCGAGCUAGCCGACGCGAAGUCUGCCUUCCUGCAGGCCGGGCACACUGAGGAGUGGAGGAAGCUCUACACCAAGGGCGUGAAGGAGCUUCGGCAGGCCUUGCAGAUCAGCGAGGAGGAGUCCAUGCGAGUCCUGGCGGCGAUCUACGGGAUCACGAAUGCGCCGUGGGUCUUCUGGAAGUAUGUGGACCACAAGAUCCACGAGGCAGGAGGCAAGAGCGUCCUCAUCGAGCCGUGCAUCUGGAUCAUUCAGGAUCAGGACGGCGCCGUGUGCGGGGUCAUCGGCUCGCUCGUGGACGACUUCGGCAUCGCGGGCGACAGCGACAACAAGUUCUACCUCGACAUGAAGAACCUGCUGAAGGAGAUGCUGCGGUGGUCUCCAUGGCGAAGCACGCCGUGCAUGUGGGCAGGCAUGUGGAUCACACAGGAGCCGUCGGGUAAGAUCCAUGCCAGCCAGGAGGAGUUCUGUCACCAGCUCCUCGAGAUCAGGUUCAGGGCGGGCCUGAUGAAAUGCCAGUGGGGAGCGACGCAGACAGCACCGCAGUUCUCGUGCCGGGUGUCACUGUUGGCUCAGCGGGUGAACGAGGCGACGUUCGGGGACCUGAAGGACACGAACGCCCUCGUACGAGAUGUGAAGCGGACCGCUCGUGACUCAUUGGUGUUCCACAACUUCAACAGCAACUGCGGCGGUAAGCUGAAGUGGGACGACCUAGUGAUUGCGACGUGGGUCGACGCAAGCAGGCUACUCCAACGAGGCGGCUACAUCGUGGGUUUCACGACGGCCGAGAUUCUCAAGCAGAAGGAAUGUGCAGUCUCUAUCGCCGACUGGAGAUCGUACAAGCUCAAGCGCACCGGUUUCGGCGCCAGCGGCUGCGAGGGCCAGGCUCUGUACGGCGGAGAGAACGCCGCGUACUUGAUGCGCUUGCUGCGGUCAGUCAUGCACGGAGUUCCAGCUACCGCGCACACCCAGGAGGAAGUGGCGCAAUCCAUGACCUCAGUGCUGGUGAUCGACAGUCGUGGAGUUUACGACUCGGUUCACAACAAGGAGAGCUUCGGCAUAGGCCUGAGCGACGCGAGGACCGGCGUGGAGGUAUUGCACGUGAAGGCGAACUGCGGGCCCGAGAGGAAUCAGCACCUGGUCUGGGCGCCCUCGGACCUCAACCUCACCGACGGCCUCGCGAAGGACAGUCCUGAGGCUAGGAAGCCUCUGGCGCUGUGGCUUGCGCGGCGCACCUGGAUCAUCAGGUGCGACGAGGAUUUCAUGUCAGCCAGGAAACGACAGCGAGCUAACAAACUCGCUCAGGACAAGCCGCAGCCGACUACUGACGCUGAAGCCGAGGCCGCCGACGCUUUAGCUUUUCUCGACCUAUCUUGA